GCGCCGCUCGGGCCGGCCGCCGAACGUCGUCAGGCCGCAUGAGCGCGCCGGAGUGCUAGCGCAGCGUGCGCGGGUGUGGUAUGCCCGCGCGUCGCCGCCAUGGCCAUGCUGCUGGCCUGGGCGCUGCUCGCCCUGAUCUCCGUAUCGGAGCAAGGACCGCACGAGAAGCGUCUCCUGAACACCCUCCUCAACUCCUACAACACGCUGGAGCGGCCCGUCGCCAACGAGACCGACCCGCUCGAGGUCAAGUUCGGCCUCACCCUGCAACAGAUCAUUGACGUGGACGAGAAGAAUCAACUACUUAUAACCAAUAUAUGGCUGUCAUUGGAAUGGAAUGAUUACAACCUAAGGUGGAACGACAGUGACUAUGGCGGAGUCAAAGAUCUACGCAUCACACCGAACAAACUAUGGAAACCGGACGUUCUUAUGUACAAUAGUGCUGACGAGGGUUUUGAUGGGACGUACCAGACAAACGUGGUGGUCAGAAACAACGGCAGUUGCCUGUACGUACCCCCGGGCAUUUUCAAGAGCACAUGCAAGAUAGACAUCACCUGGUUUCCCUUCGAUGACCAACAUUGCGACAUGAAGUUCGGUAGCUGGACGUACGACGGCAAUCAGUUGGAUCUUGUGCUCAAAGAUGAAGCAGGCGGCGAUCUCUCAGAUUUCAUCACGAAUGGAGAGUGGUAUUUAAUAGGUAUGCCAGGGAAAAAGAAUACCAUAACGUACGCUUGCUGUCCAGAGCCGUACGUCGACGUCACCUUCACAAUCAUGAUUAGAAGAAGAACGCUAUAUUAUUUUUUCAAUCUCAUAGUUCCUUGUGUUUUGAUAUCUUCAAUGGCCCUCCUCGGGUUCACACUGCCACCGGAUUCCGGAGAAAAAUUAACUCUAGGAGUCACUAUUCUACUUUCGCUGACGGUGUUCCUCAACUUGGUAGCGGAGACCCUGCCGCAGGUCUCCGAUGCUAUCCCCCUGUUAGGGACGUACUUCAAUUGCAUCAUGUUUAUGGUGGCCUCGUCCGUGGUGCUAACGGUGGUGGUGCUAAACUACCACCAUAGGACGGCAGACAUACACGAAAUGCCGCAAUGGAUAAAAACUGUGUUCCUACAAUGGUUGCCGUGGAUUCUACGCAUGUCGAGGCCCGGGAAGAAGAUAACUAGAAAAACAAUAAUGAUGACGAACAGAAUGAGAGAGUUAGAGCUAAAGGAGCGAUCGUCCAAGUCUCUCUUAGCUAACGUAUUGGAUAUCGAUGACGAUUUCAGACAUGUACCCCCACCACCCAAUAAUACAGCGUCUACAGGAAAUUUAGGACCUGGAUGUUCAAUAUUUCGCACGGACUUUCGGCGGUCGUUCGUCCGACCCUCAACAAUGGAGGACGUCGCUGGAGGUCUCGGAGGGCAUCAGCGAGAACUACAGUUAAUCUUGAGAGAAUUGCAGUUCAUCACAGCGAGAAUGAAGAAGGCAGACGAAGAAGCCGAACUAAUUAGUGAUUGGAAAUUCGCAGCGAUGGUCGUAGAUAGGUUCUGUUUGUUCGUGUUCACUUUGUUCACGAUCAUCGCAACAGUGGCAGUGCUGUUGUCGGCGCCGCAUAUUAUCGUGCAGUGAACAUCCCAAACCGAGCCCGUGUCUGAUACAUGAGAGAACUAAUCCUAGCUAUAGACCUAAACUUAAGUAUGUAUAGACUAUUAUUAAUAUACUUCGGUACGUGGUUCAAACGCACACGUCUCUAUUAACUAAGUCGGAAGACGGUAAACGUAAAAAAGAGGAAUAAAACGUUACAUAUAGAUUAGUUAAGUCCAACAUUAAUUAUUAUAAAACGAUUGUGAUGUUGAUUAGGAUGUAAUACAUAUAAAUGUUGACGUAUAAUUUGUUAAAUAUAUAAUUAUAUUUCUAAUAAAUACGGUUAAAUGUAAAGACUAAAACGUUUAGUUAAAUAAUUUAAAGGAAAACGCAAGGCAGGCGUGAAUCGGUUUACUUUGGUUCACACACAAAAAACGCGUAUAAUUUAAAGUAUUUUGAUACACAAGACAUAUAUUAUCUCUAAUUAAGUAAUUUUGAUACACAAAAUAAUUUUAGUUAAGUAAAAACAGUGAAAAGAGAUAUUAUAAAAGAGAAUUUAACAAUUUUAGAUGUGAAAGAAAAUUACUGAGAUCCUAAUCUUUUUCUCCCGCACGAAGUUUACGUCAAGUUUUGUUAAAACCUUUAUCUCGUUUCGCUGGCUUUACUUUAGACUAUCAAAUUAAAUGUAAUACCAAUAAAAUUUUAACACCUUAAGGGAUUGAUUGCGUUUUGCGGAGGAAAUAUUGAAAUUGGAAUGAGAAAAAAAUCCUUUAUAAGUAAAUGAGGGAUCACUAUCAAUGACAUUACCGUAGGAUGUUAAAUAAUGUACAUAACGUAAAGGAUUAAAUAAUACUAUUGUUAGUAUCAUAAUAAUAAUUAUAAUACGACUUUUGUAUCAUGUUUAAGAUAAAGGAGAUGUUUCAAAACGGGCCAAUCAUGAUUAAUUGAUUUCAUUAGUUUACGAAACAUAAAUUGAUUUAAGCUUUUUGUUGGCAUGAAAAGUAAUUCCUAAAAAUAAUAUUUGAAUGGCGUAUUGAUAAAAAUUGCUGGUUGCGGGGUGGGGCAACAUUUUGAAAAAUAUAAUCACCAUUCUCAUUCUUAAACGAUGAAACUCCAUAGAUCUCCUGUAAGGACUUACAAACACCACCUUCUUGAGCUGCUUGCAACCAGAGGCAUUCUUACAGCCCGUUUACUGUCUUCAUUCCAACAUUAUACUUUCCAAUGCAAUGUCGCCAUUGGCUCUUUGAACUAAGUACCCGACAAUUGCCACUUCAUUAUUGCGACCGAGUUGAGUUUGGUAUUGUACAUAUGUUUAAGUAAAAAUCAUUUCACUUAUUUCUUUAACAUUUCUGAGUAUGCCUUAAUUUCGGGCCUAUACAUUUUGAAACAUUUCCUUGGUUUGUUUAGUUGUAUUAUCAGGAAUCGGUUGUCGUUAGGUGGGCGUAUUCGCGCGUCCAAGACUACAGUUACAGCUGUCUACAGCUGUACAUUAAACUGAGUGUAUCGGAAUUGAGCCAGAAUAAAAUAAGUAAAAGGAACCAAAGUAACGGUAGAAUAGAAAGUAGAUACGCGUAUAAAAUGAAUUUUAAUAAAAAUAAUUAUUAAUUACUGAAAAUUUAUGAAAAUAAUAAAAUAAAUGAUAUAUUUGAAAUAAGCGAAUGAUGAUCACAAAAGUAUUGUUUUAAAGUGACGUGUGAGAGUUGAAUGAACAGGUAGAUACAAUCUUGUUAUGUUAUACCCACAUGAAUCGUAUGGGAAAUGACGUCAGUGGUUUUACGAACAUCCUACCAUUAACUUGUUCUAAUUUGUAUUCUGUGGCAUUAUUAAAAGUUCUAGAAUAAACCAUAUAAAGUCGACUGAUUGUAGGUUUUGUACUGUUGGAAGACUUUUUGGCUUUUGUCGUAAAGGUGAGGCGUACAGGCGACCACUCAUCUUAUUAAACAGGAAAAACAUAACAAAAUUUUUGCGAUUUUUGUUAAAAUAAAUACUGUUUAAAAAUAUUUAAAUAUAACGAAUAAGUAUAUGUUCUUUUAAUAACAUGGCAUGGUUUAUUUACAGUUAAUUUAAUUUAACAAAGAAAAAUAAAAUUUUCUGAGUUAAAAUUCAAGAAUUUUCUGUACUGCAUUAAGUUGGAGCAUUUUAAAAUGAAUAUUUAUAUUAUUUGUUGCAUUGUUUUCAUUUAAUAUUGUAAUUAGAAUCUUGAACUACAGCAAUCUCGUAAUUUCGUCGUUUACUUCUUAGUUUCAGAAUAUAGUUAUAUUAUUAGGAUAAUCACUGAUGUCAUUCACCCUGCGGUGUUAGAACAAAUUUAAUAGAUAUGCGAAUAAUAGUUCUUUUGUUCUUGUAGUCAACCCUAUGAGCGUAGUUCAAAUUAUAUCACGCUAGAAAAUUGAUUAUAUGUUAUUGUUAUUAAUUAUUUUAUACAAAAGUACGUAUUUGUAUAUAAUUAAGGCGAUGACGCAGUUUUUUAUUAGAAACGAGAAAUCGAAAAUAAGAAGCAACGUUCUAAAUACGUAGAUAUUACCCAAAGGCAACCUAGAGGUCACUGCGAACUUAUUUAAUAUUUUGUCAACUACUUGACUCCAGUUUCAGUAACAGUGGUCAACUUUUAGAUUAUCAAAUCGGUCAUAAAUCAUUGAUCGUCUUCGGUUUUGAUUUAACAAUACUUACAAACACAGAAACCUUUAAUAACAUUUUAAUAUCUGAAAUCCACAAAAUAAUAUUCCGCUCAUAGAAUUAAUAUUGAAAUGUAUUAAGAUUAAAAUUCAUUAACAUUAGAAAAGGUGUAAAUACCUUACUACGAGUACAGUUUACUUUGUGUUAACAGAAUUACUUGUUUCUGCAACAUCGUGGAAAGCUUUUUAAUUUUAUCAACCAAUUUGAUUUGAACGGAUGUUCUGAAACCAGGGGGUAGUUGACUGUAUUAAAUCGAGUGGCAAUUCCAAUCUAAGGUACUGGGUAACAAAUCCCUUAGCACAUACCGUAGAGUUAGAUAAUUACUGUAACAUAGAUAAACUAUGUAAUUAUAACAUUUAUUCACGUCUUAAUCUAUGUCCGUUCCUCAAUUUCGCUCUUAUAGGUGUCGUGAUAGCCUAGUGAAUGUCGUGUCUCUUAUUAUAAGGCAACUAUACUGAGAGUGCGUGGUGAAUUAUCGAGACGUGCUUGUGAAGAUCUGAAAAUUGAUAAGAUUUUCUUGUUCUAUAAAAAUCAGUAAGUGCAUCUGCCUACUAGUAAAAUAAUUAUAUUAUUUGUAAAAAAUAAUUUACUUUAAUGGUUGUAACGUGCUUUUAUAAAAAUGCAGUGUAAGUGAUGCAAAAUAUGUGUGUAUAAGAUUUCUGAUCUUAAUCAAACACAUUUUGCGGAUAGAUUUGAAAGGACUAUCUUCUUUGAACAUGUUUGUAGCAAAUUAUAGCCUGUUUGUGUUAUUCACACAACUAAAAAAAUAUUGUUUUGUUAUUCAUUAAAAUAAAUGCUGAUUGAGCUCUUUGUGGUACAUAAUUUAAAUGCAAUAAAAAAUAGUAAACUAUUAUGAAAUCAGAACCAACUGACAUACCAGAUGAACAAAUUAAGGGAAGAAAAAAGAAUCUCGUUAUUUCUUAUCAAGCACGUCUUGAAAAUUUUCUUCUCUCUCUUGAGCCAUACUGUGUAAUUAUAAUGAAAGCUCAUUAAUUUUAGCGAUUUAAUUAAACGCAGAUAAAACAUUGAUAAUUACAUAGUUAUCUUCAUUUGAAGUUUUGCAAAUAUGUAUUUUGUUGGCGUUUAUUAAUUUACAAAUUAAUAAAUACAUGUUUAAUUUUGAAGAAAAAGCAUUAUUUAUGGCACGAAAUAACUUAUUUGGUAAUUUUGUUCCAUUUUAAGUGUAUAUCUAAUAUAUUGUUAUUACUUAUUUUGUAUAUCAUACUGUAUGGUGCUCAAAUAUAUCAAGAUUUGCAGAUUUAUUUGCAUUAUACCUAUACUAUUAAGAAGUUACAUUUUUCGAUUAUUCAAUGGUUUAUUUAUACUUUGGUAUUUUUAAGUGGUUAUGUAUUGAGUGCAAUUAGAUGUAGUGAGGAAACUCUUCAUACUAACUGUACUGUACUGUAUCAGGCAGUAAUGGCAGUAAUGGAGCUGUAUUUUUAAAACUUCUUGCUGUGUUCCAACUGCCAGUUCCUUUUUAAUUUGUAUGUAGAGUAUGAAACUAUAAGCAGGUUAAAUGAUUAACGGAAAGUUUAAAUGUUUUACUGUAUUCGUUAUAUUUAAGUUAUCGAUAAGAAGGAUUCCAUUGUGUAACAUCUAAUUGCACUGAUUGACAUGAUGAUCAAUGUUCGUAUGAGUGUUCUCAAAGCAAGUGGUGGAAAUUUAAGAAUCGGUAAAAAUAAGUUAGAUUUGUUAGUGCCAAAGUUUAGGAUUUAUAAAAUUAAGUUUGUUCAUAGAGAUAUUUAAAUUGUAAACGAUAAUGUUGAAAAUUUUAUUGUAAAAACUUAUUUAAAAAAAACGAAAUAGUGUCUUUGUUAACUUAACGUUAAUGUUAAACUUAACAUUGGGCCGCAAGCACGGGUUGUAUCAGCCAAUUUUAAAAGCUUAGUUUAUUUUAAAUAAAUAAAUAAAGAGGUUGUGAAAAGGUUUUAAGGAACCCGUAGUUUGCGAUUCUAUGUUUAAUAAACUGUAUAUUAAAAGCGCGUAGAGUUGAGUCUACGUUUAAAAUUAAAUAAUAAAUGAAAUAACUAAAACGCCUGUUUGGGACCGGGUUAGAAAUAAACGUACAAAAGAACUGAUGCAUUACAACACUAUUUCAUCUGCAGUGCUUCACUUUACAUUGAUUGCUAUCAUUUCGCUUGAAAUAAUACUGACUAGUAAUGUAUUCGCCACUUGAAAAGCAAAUAUUGAAUUUAGAAUCAAAAUCAAAUCUAUGAUGAAUUAAACAAACAAUUAUUUAAUUAUCGAAGUACUUAUUCAAAUUCAUUAAGCUUAAGUUCAGCUUUUUUAAUACGCCACUUUGACAUUUUUAAGAAUUACUGAUACGACAAAUCCCAUAUUUAGGUUGGUAUUUUUCGUUUUUUUUUAUUUCAUAGUUAGUUGUUGUUUUUCAGUAAAAGCUUUGGACGUUUAAAUAAUUUAUUUCAAAUCUUCAAAAAGUGGCCUACUAAAAUUGCUAUACAGUAGUUUCGAUUACAUUUCAAAAAGUAAAUUAAAUAAUAAAUUAAUUGCGAGUGUAGUCAAUGGUUUAUAGAAAUAGAUAAAAUAAGAAAAUAAAGCUGCCAUAUUUAUCUCAUUUUUAAAUGUUAUUUACGAAUAACAAUGUUUUAGAUGCCCUUUGAUAAGCUAAGAUUGCCAAGUUUACAAUGUGGGAAACGAUGGGAACUAGUAAUUAUUUUCUUAAUGUAAGAGAGAGAUUAUGCAGAAAUCAUGCUCAUAAAUAAUGGAAUACAUUUUUUGCAUAAAUGACUCUUACAUUAAAGAAAAGUAAAAUUUUGCUGGUAGUAUCGGUAGUUUUUGUUCCUUUAACAUCGUUAAACAUUGUUUCUAACCUAAAUGGGCUAUAAGUUGAUUUUGCGAAUAUUCUAAACACCUGUAAAUCCUGCAUAACUUUGAGCUAUAAAAUAACUAUUUAAAACAUAGCAAGUUUUUUAAGAUCUUUGACAUGUCUACACAUUUGUACGAUUUGUGCACUCAAAGCUAUCUCAUACUAUUUCUGAGCUUGGGUUUUACUUUGAUUGUUUAAGUUUAAAUAUUUGUCUUAAUAUCUAAUGAUAUGAUAACUGCAACGUCCGAUUGUGUGUCUGCUUUUUUAUUUUUACUACAUUAUCCAACAAAUUAAGUUAAAACACUAUAAUUUUCUAAAUCGACACUCUUGAAUUUUGUAGAUUGUAAGAUAAAUAAAUUGACAUUUUUUUUCUAACACUAAUAUUUAUUUACCCACUCAAGUAUAAUUAUACCAUUAACUCUUACUACUAUUAGUACUAGGAAGCUGGUGGCAUCCAUUAAUAUUAUAGUAAUCUGCCUUGCAAAACACUCCAAACUUUUAAUAUAACAUUUGUUUCCACUCUUUCAUAUUGCUAAUUACUAAAGCUAGUAAAUCAAGAAAUCUGACUAAAGAGUGGCUUUAUUGUCUAUCUUAAUAAUGUUAACGUAUUUUAAUGCAGCAUUUAUUAAUUACAAUUUUGAGUAUCUUAUGUAAUAAAGCCAAUAUCACUUUCUUUAAUCUGAUGAAGAUUUAACCUAUUCAACCAAAUCACUAUAUGCUGCAGAUGUAGACUGCACUGCAUCUAUUUCAGUGUUAUUAUCACCAACAAUAUCAUUAUUGUUAACUUCAUUCUCAUUAAUUGCAAUAAGUUUAAAAUCGUGUUUUGUUUAUUCGUAGUUUAAUUGUUUUUCUUUGGUUAUUUGUGCAGCAUUUGAGUUAAAUAUAUUUCAAUUAUUUCCAUUCAACAUCGCCACCGGCAAGCUAGGCAUAGUAAAAGAUCAAAAAUACUAAAUAAAUACACUAUAAACCUCCGUAAAUACGACACAAUUAAAACGAGAUUUCAUGCGUAUUGCACGACAGAAACUAAAUGCUUUAAUUAUAAAACAGGUAUUUUUGACUUUUCAUGUACAUUUAUCACUUAUUCUGUACUUCUGACGACUUUAGUCUAAGAUUUUAACCACUUUUUAAACACUAUCCCUAAAUCUUUGUCUUGUGCGAGCGGUUUCAUGCGAUGUCUUUACUGACCAAGCUAUUUUGUUACAUUUUUAAUAUCUACUCUUUUCUCAUUCUUUUAUCUAAUAAUUUUUAAUAUCUUUAGUUGGGAUUUAACAGCAAUAGUUGUGAGCUACGAGCUAAUGAAUUGAUUUCGUAGCUCAAGAAUCAUCAGAAUUCGAACUACUGAUGAUUUCUUAAUGAUAGUUGUUAUUCCGUCACUUGAAUAUCACAAUGGACUGUCACUAUCAGUUAUGUCAGUGUAUAUUUAAGUUUUGUAGCAUUUAUUUGGAAAAUCUUGCUAUUUUUCAUUAAAAAAACAUGAAAGUGUUCUUAUUUGAACCAUAACCAUAAUUUACUCUUAAGCAUUUUUCUCCAGACUAAUAAUAAUUUUAAUAAAUUAUCAGGUAUCACAUCAAACUGUUCGUCAAGACCCUAACUUAAGAGUUUCAUUUUACUAUAAAAAUUAUAAUUAAAGCAACAUUAGCUAAUAUUUUAUAACUUGCUGUCCUAAAAGGUAAUAAUACGGCGAUCGUGUGUAAUCAAAUUAAGAAAUAAAUAUUUUUUGCUCCUUAUUUCUAACGUUUUACAAACAACUACAUUUAAUAUUUUAAAACAAUAACUUUAAAGUCAAGGGUUACAUUAUUUCUUUUUGAUUAUUAUUCUUAUAUUUCCACUCAAUACCCAGGUUUUAUUUAUGCAACGUUUUAUUUACAAACACUAACGUUUCGUUUCUAUGUGACACUAAAAUUUUAGUGUCAAAUUUGACGUAAUAAGAUAAUAACAUACUUACAAUACAGUGUGUAUAUACCUACUUCCAUAGAAAUACAGUUCUAAUUGUGUGAGAGCUAAAAAAGCACAAAAGGUUUCCUAAAACAAAUAUCGUCCAUACCAGAAACAAAUCCACAGACAAUUACGAUGCAAACGAGAUAAGAUAUUGUACACACACUGUCCGAUAUCGAGCUAUUCGGCUUCCGAAUUUGUGCCAAGUUCAGUUGGACAAGCCAAUUUCGAUAUAAAAGCUGGCCACAGCGGUAUUUUUCUUCAUAAUUGAAUAUAAGCUAUAUAUGGAAAAUGAACAUAUUUCAAGUAAUAUUUGGAAAAUAUAUUCCGAAUAUUCAUCGGAGAGUAAAAAUUUAUUUCAAAAAUUCCUUGAUUUCAAAGUUACUGAUAAUAAUAAUUAUAAAAAUGCCAUAUCCUGCUUAUUAUACUUAUAAGAUUGCAUAUAAUAAUUUGAACUAUACAUCAAAACUGUAUUUUACAUUUCUCUUUUAUACACUGCUAUAUUAUAUACCGCUAUUAUAUUUAUGAAUAUUAUAAUAUAAUGUCAAACUGUUGUUAUCCAUCGUAAGUAGUUAUUAUAAAUUAUUUGCAUUAAAUUUUAUUGAACGAUAUUAGUUAAAAUUACAUUCGUGAUCCUGAUCCCGAUCAUUCUGUUGUUCAUUCUGAACUUAGUUUAUUUAUAUAUCACAAUAACAGUAAUUAAUAUAAUAUAAUAAUAAUAAAUUUCUUUAUUUAUGGCUAUCUUAAAAAUUAUGUUAGUAGGUACACAAAUUACAUUUAAGAAAAUAAAAAUAAAUAAUAAACUAUCUCACCGCACCAAAACAGAAAUAAAUUUCUGCAAUAUGAAAUUUUUCAAAAUGUAUCUACUUAAUAAUGAAUCUGAGUAUUUAUUCGAGUAUAAAUAUUCACUUUAAUUUCUCAUUUACUCGUAAAGUGAGUAUUGGGGUAAAUUUUAUAGAUUAAUUUCCCAUCUUUGUUUUGUGAUGUUAU